AUGGUUCUGUCAGUGCUCCGAAUUAGACAAGACAGAUACCAGCUCCUCAACAGCCCUCUGAGGAGCUGGAAUGUCAGACACAGCCUCUACUUUUCUCCUCACCCCCAGUGUAAAAAAUGUAACUGUGUGGAACCACAUAAUCCUAGUAAUAAUACAUUGAAGGAAUGGAAGGAGUCCAAUAUUUCUGCCUCCGACAUAAUUUGGGAGAACCUAACUGUUUCGGAAUGCAGGUCCCUGCGCGGGGAGUAUGUUGGACGAGCCUGCGGCCACGAGCACCCCUACGUUCCAGACGUUCUGUUUUGGUCAGUGAUCCUCUUCUUUUCCACAGUCACUCUGUCAGCCACGUUGAAGCAGUUCAAGACUAGCCGCUAUUUUCCAACCAAGGUUCGAUCCAUAGUGAGCGACUUUGCUGUCUUUCUUACAAUUCUAUGUAUGGUUUUAAUUGACUAUGCCAUUGGGAUCCCGUCUCCAAAACUACAAGUACCAAGUGUUUUCAAGCCCACAAGAGAUGACCGUGGCUGGUUUGUAACACCUUUAGGUCCAAAUCCAUGGUGGACAGUAAUAGCUGCUAUUAUUCCAGCUUUACUUUGUACUAUUCUAAUUUUUAUGGACCAACAGAUUACAGCUGUCAUUAUCAACAGAAAAGAACAUAAGCUGAAGAAAGGUUGUGGGUACCAUCUGGAUCUGUUAAUGGUGGCUGUCAUGCUGGGUGUGUGCUCCAUCAUGGGCCUGCCGUGGUUUGUGGCUGCCACUGUCCUUUCCAUCACUCAUGUCAACAGCCUCAAACUGGAAUCUGAAUGUUCAGCUCCAGGAGAACAACCUAAAUUUCUUGGCAUUCGGGAGCAAAGAGUUACUGGGCUUAUGAUUUUCAUUCUCAUGGGCUCGUCAGUCUUUAUGACUAGUAUUCUGAAGUUUAUUCCUAUGCCAGUGCUAUAUGGAGUGUUUCUUUAUAUGGGUGCUUCAUCACUAAAAGGAAUUCAGUUCUUUGAUAGAAUAAAGCUCUUCUGGAUGCCUGCAAAACAUCAACCAGAUUUUAUAUAUCUAAGGCAUGUGCCACUUCGAAAAGUCCAUCUCUUCACAGUUAUUCAGAUGAGUUGCCUCGGCCUUUUGUGGAUAAUAAAAGUUUCACGAGCUGCUAUUGUCUUUCCCAUGAUGGUAUUAGCUUUGGUAUUUGUAAGAAAAUUGAUGGACUUUUUGUUUACCAAGCGGGAACUCAGCUGGUUGGAUGAUUUAAUGCCUGAGAGUAAGAAAAAGAAACUAGAAGAUGCUGAAAAAGAAGAAGAACAAAGUAUGCUAGCUAUGGAAGAUGAGGGCACAGUGCAGCUCCCCCUGGAAGGGCACUAUAGAGAUGAUCCAUCUGUGAUCAAUAUUUCUGAUGAAAUGUCAAAGACUGCCUUGUGGAGGAACCUUCUGAUUACUGCCGAUAACUCAAAAGAUAAGGAGUCAAGCUUUCCUUCUAAAAGCAUUGAAAGCCGAAAUGAGAAGAAAGCUGACUCAGGGAAAGGUGUUGACAGGGAGACUUGUCUAUGACUGAUCUUCAGUUUAUUUUUUACAUAUAUAAGAGAAGAGUGCCACAAUUAUUCAUAAAACUGCUUUGAUCAUGUAUUAUAAAUUCUGUCUUUCAUCUCAAAUCCACCUUCAUACUGUAAGUAGUGCAAUACUUGUUUCAUUACUGUGUUUAAACUUCUGAACAGUGAGAUACCCUUGUGAGCAUAUAGAAAAGCUAAUGCAAGAAUCACUGUGUUCCUUGCUGUAUUUUAGACAUUUGUAAACACUAGAUUCUCAUUGUCAGUUUUAUGAGAGCAAUAGCUUUCUUAAAGAGAUAAGUCAUAUUUACCUAGUUUGUAUUUUCCUACUUAGGGACCUGAAGAUACCUGAUAAUUUCAUUCAGAAGAAUUUUGGAAGGUAGUCUUACUUCUUUUUAUUUUUUAUAGCUUAGCAUUAGUGACUUAUUUCAAAAUACCCAAAUCAAAAAGUUAGUUUGAAAGCAUUUUUAAUAAUUGUAUUUAUGCAUUUCCUUGAUUUAAUAUGAUAUUUAAUACUUAAGAAUUUAUAUGUAACUAAAACUUAAAGUCAUUUUGAAAAAUAUAUAUGGAAACCUAUUCACAACUUGUUUAAAAGAAUCAGAUACUAAUGCAAAGAACCAAGUAGUAUUUCCUUAAUAUUCAAGUUUUGAUUACAUGAUCAAAUACUAGGCUUGUAUGAAAUGCUUUAGAAAAACUUUGUAGGUUUUGUGAGAUUUUCAAUAUAAAUCUUUAUCAGAAAUAUACUGUUAAAUUUAUCUCCCAUUGAAAACAAGUCUUUUCCAAAUAAGCCUAUUAUAUACAUACUUAUGGAAUGCCACGUGGUGAGUCAUUGUAUAUGAAAUUCCACUCCUGUACAUUUAUUCCACUGCUAAAGGUCAUGGACUGCUUAAUGCUGCUUCUGAAUCAUGUUCUAAUGUUAGACUGACGGUCUCCAAUUGUCUUUUUUUUUCCUGCAGAGCUCUUUUCCACUUCUUAACUAAAUGCAUGUUGUAGAAAAAUAAUCUUUUAAAUGAAAAUCUCAGAUUCUGUUUGAGAAGCUUCUAUAGAUAUUUCAGUCUAUAUGAAAUAAUUCAUCUUUACUAAGUUUAUACAAGAGGAAGGAAAGUAUAGAAUUUUUGAGUAAUGUGAAUUAAUAAAGAUGAAAUCUCAUAGUGCUCUUGUUUCCUAAGAAUUACCAAUGAUCAUCAACCUUAUAAUCUUCAGUGUCUAGUUUUGCAAUAAUUCAGAGCCUUGUGGCUUUUCCAAACUAUUUAUUAAUAUUCUGAGUAUAAAUGUACAUGAAAGUGAAAAAAAACCACAGAUCUUCUGGUGAUUAAGCUUAUGAAGGAAAUAAACAACAGAGCCUCCACUAGGUUCAACAUUUUGAUACCUUCUGUAAUAUUCCCCUUGUAAUUUUUCAAGGAGCCAUUUCUUCAAUGGAGCAUAAGCCUAAAAAAUAUAAAAAGAGUUUGUAGUUAAUAAAGUCUGUGUUUAUAAAUGCCAAGGAAAAACUACAGAAACUUUCCAUUCCAAAUGCAUUGCCUUUGUGUAUUUUAUAAUACAGACACUAGAUGUAAACAUUCCCAUUGUUUUAUGAGUUAGACUAGCUGUACAUGUCAGUCAGUCCCAAAAGCAGCCUUCUAGUGUUUUAAUAUAUUAAUAACUAUUCUGUUUAAGAUGAUCAUAGUGAAUUAAAAUCUUCACAUGAUCACCUAUCUGAAUAAGCACUCAUAUCCAAUGAAAUUCUGUAUUUCUGAGUACUUUUAUAGUCAUUUUGUUCUUGUGUGAAUUUUAAUGCUAUCCCUAUGUUAAUCUUAAUAUUUUGAAAUCAUAUAAAAUAUAAGAAAAGCAUAGUGUUAUAUAUUUCCUCCUAAUUUUAGAUUCCUGGUCAAAAUUAUUGAAUAUCUUGACUGUAAUUUAUUGCAAAGUUUAAGUAAUGUGUAAAUGUGACUAGGAUAUUGUGUUUUUCACAACUAAGACAUGUUAUGUGGAAAUAAAUAUUUAUCCUAAUUUCCUUGCACAUUUUAAA